GAAACAUCCAACAGGCCUUUAAAAGAGAGUUCAAGAACAAGCCUUUCAAGAACUUAGAAGCAGUACUGCAGUAGAACUCAAAGAAAGUCUAAAACACCAGCACUUCCGGUGGCUAAAAAAUGGAGGCAAAGAUCACCAUGACCGAGACAUGGCUGAGGAAGCACCGUUUGUUGUACGUAGGAUCCACUAGACACUCUUUUAUCCACGCCAUUCGUGAUGGGAACAUCGAUAUCUCCGCCUUCAAAACAUGGCUGGGGCAAGAUUACAUAUUUGUUAGAGCUUUUGUGCCGUUUGUAGCGAGUGUGUUGACUAAAGCUUGGAAAGGGUCAAAUGAUCGUGAUAAUGGUGUUGAAGUGAUAUUAGGAGGUGUGUCUGCUUUAAAUGAUGAGAUCUCUUGGUUCAAAAAAGAAGCUUCUAAGUGGGGUGUUCAGCUCUCAGAUAUUGUUCCCCAGAAAGCUAAUCAAGAAUACUGCAGUUUUCUCGAGAGCUUAACAAGCCCGGAUGUCGAAUACACUGUUGCAAUCGUAGCGUUUUGGGCGAUCGAAACUGUCUAUCAAGAGAGUUUCGCUCACUGCUUGGAAGAUGACAGUAAAACCCCACCAGAACUAGAGGAAACUUGCCGAAGAUGGGGCAGCCAAGGGUUCGGCGAGUACUGUAAUUCCCUCAGAAAAAUCGCCGAUCGACAGCUGGAAAAUGCCUCAGAUGAUGCGAUCACGAAAGCUGAAGCAACGUUCCUGCAAGUUCUUGAAUAUGAAGUCGAGUUCUGGAAUAUGAACCAUGGAGGAACAUGAACGGCUGCAUGUCUUGAGAAU